CCAGUCAGCUGACCCGGCCCGACUGCGCCGUCAUCCCGGCUAUAAGCGCGCGACCUCGGAGAGGGCUGCUCCGACCCGCCGUCCGCUCCGACCGGCCGCCGCCGCCAUGCAGCCCCCCAGCCUGCUGCUCCUCCUCGGCCUGCUGGCCGCGCCCGCCGCCGCGCUGAUCAGAAUCCCUCUGCACAAGUUCACGUCUAUCCGCCGGACCAUGUCGGAGGUGGGAGGUCCCGUGGAAAAACUGAUCGCCAAGGGCUCCAUUUCAAAAUACGCCCAGGGGGUGCCCGCCGUGACCGGGGGGCCCAUCCCCGAGGUGCUCAAGAACUACAUGGACGCCCAGUACUAUGGGGAGAUCGGCAUCGGGACGCCCCCACAGUGUUUCACUGUCGUCUUCGACACCGGCUCCUCCAACCUGUGGGUCCCGUCGAUCCACUGCAAGCUUUUGGACAUCGCCUGCUGGAUCCACCACAAGUACAACAGUGGGAAGUCCAGCACGUACGUGGAGAACGGCACGACCUUCGACAUCCACUACGGCUCGGGCAGCCUCUCGGGGUACCUGAGCCAGGACACCGUGUCGGUGCCCUGUAAUUCGGGUCAGGCAGCCCUGGGCGGCGUCAAGGUGGAGCGGCAGGUCUUCGGGGAGGCCACCAAGCAGCCGGGCAUCACCUUCAUCGCGGCCAAGUUCGACGGCAUCCUGGGCAUGGCCUAUCCCCGCAUCUCGGUCAACAACGUGGUGCCCGUCUUCGACAACCUGAUGCAGCAGAAGCUGGUGGAGAAGAACAUCUUCUCCUUCUACCUGAACAGGGACCCGAGUGCACAGCCAGGGGGCGAGCUCAUGCUGGGCGGCACCGACUCCAAGUUCUACAAAGGCCCCCUCUCCUACCUCAACGUCACCCGCAAAGCCUACUGGCAGGUCCACAUGGAGCAGGUAGACGUGGGCAGCGGCCUGACCCUGUGCAAGGAGGGCUGUGAGGCCAUUGUGGACACGGGCACCUCCCUCAUCGUGGGCCCCGUGGACGAGGUGCGCGAGCUGCAGAAGGCCAUCGGGGCCGUGCCGCUCAUCCAGGGAGAGUACAUGAUCCCCUGCGAGAAGGUGUCCAGCCUGCCCGAGGUCACCCUGAAGCUGGGGGGCAAAGACUACAAGCUGCGUGCGGAGGACUAUACGCUCAAGGUGUCCCAGGGCGGGAAGACCAUCUGCCUCAGUGGCUUCAUGGGCAUGGACAUCCCCCCGCCUGCGGGACCCCUCUGGAUCCUGGGCGACGUCUUCAUCGGCCGCUACUACACCGUGUUCGACCGCGACGAGAACCGCGUGGGCCUGGCCGAGGCCGCCAAGCUGUAGCCGCCUGCCCACUGGCAGGAAAGGAGGAGAAUUGUGGGAGGAGGCAGCGCCCGCCCUGCCGGCUGCCCAGCCACACUCACACUCACACACACACACACACUCGCACACUCACACCUGCAGCUGCUCGGCUCUCCAGGCCGCUGCGUGGCGGGCACCGUUUUGUGGUUUUCCCUUCCCUGGUUGCAGAGUGCUGCCUGCCUGUCUGUCUGUCUGUCUGUCUGUCUGACGGAGGGGCGGGGCUGGGGCAGCCAGUAGGCUCAUUAGUGCUCAGAGCCCUUUCACUCACCUGGAAGACCCAGCUCCGCUUGGUUGUGCAUCCCAGAACCCCUUUCUUCCCCCCUCCUCCCCCCUGUCCUGUCCCAGCCUGGGCCUCGGGGGCGGAGCUUCUGGGCCGAGCCGCUGCUCUGCACCAGGCUGCCUCCCUGGUUCCCUCCACCAGCCUGGGCCUGGAGCUGGGCAGUGCCGCCCCACCCGUCCAUUAGUCUCAGCCCAGCAAGGAAGGGCCAGCUGAGGCCUGGGGCCAGCAGGAAGGAGACGAGCCAGCCCUGUGAGGCCUGUGGGUCAUCCUGGGGCCUGACCCCAUCGGGGAGGGGGAGGGGAGGGUGCUGGCACCGGCCUUCUCUGAGGCCGCCCCUUCUUGAGUGGCCGGGAGCCAAAGUUGACCUGGAAAUAAAGUUGUGGAUCUGUG